ACCGCAACUGCGCCUGAUUUAAGUUUCCACAUUGGAACCGUUUCACCCACAAUCUAAAUGACUGUCGGCUCCUUUAAGAGCGCAGACGUUCCAUUCCAUUCUAAACACCGCGGUGACGUCAGAGCAGUAAGACGCUGGACGAAAGUCGUGAGGUACCAGUACUCAUCUCUCUGAGAUCGCAUGUCAUUCUCGACUUUUUUUUUUUUUAACUGAGUGUUUGUUUUAACUCUCUCAGCGUCUCUUUCGAAUACCCUGUGAUACUUCGAAUCCAUUUUAACACUGAAGUGUCGUUAUAUAGUUCGCCUUUCAACUCUCUGAGCCCAACAUCGGUUGGUCGACCCUCGACAUGGAUUUUAGCUAGCUAAGCUAGUCACAAAGAAACCGAAAUAGCGGCGCGUCAAAGGGUUUGUGUCACACUUUAUGUGCCUAGAGUCGAGCUCACUGAGGCAAAUCUUCGCCUUGGGUGUUGCCAAACGAAGGACUGAAGUUCGGGAGAAGUAGCUAGUUGGUUUACUGUGGGAAGAAAAGAGGUGGGAGAUGUUGACUAACGCCAACAGUCCGCCGAAGCUUCCGAACCAGCUGCAGAAUCCAGCUCAGUUUAUGCUGGGGAAAGCCUCACUCCAGAUCAAGAAAAAUGGCAUAACCGACGACUACAAGGUCACUAGUCAGGUCCUGGGGCUGGGCAUCAAUGGAAGGGUUCUGGAGAUCUUCCACAGGAGAAGUGGGGAGAAGUACGCUUUAAAGAUGCUUUACUACUGUCCCAAAGCUAGACGGGAGGUGGAGCUGCACUGGCGAGCAUCCUCUUGUACCCAUAUUGUCAGAAUUGUUGACGUCUAUGAGAACCUCUACCUAAACAGGAAGUGCCUUUUUAUUGUAAUGGAGUGCAUGGAUGGAGGUGAGCUGUUCAGUCGGAUUCAGGACAGAGGGGACCAGGCAUUCACUGAGAGAGAGGCUUCUGAUAUCAUGAAGAGUAUAGGAGAGGCCAUUCAGUAUUUGCAUGCUAUAAACAUUGCACACAGAGACGUCAAGCCAGAAAACCUGUUAUAUACCUCGGAAAUGCCCAGCGCCCUUCUCAAACUGACAGACUUUGGGUUUGCAAAGGAGACGACCACACACAACUCUCUGGCCACCCCUUGCUAUACUCCUUAUUAUGUUGCCCCAGAAGUUCUUGGUCCUGAAAAGUAUGACAAGUCCUGUGACAUGUGGUCUUUGGGUGUCAUCAUGUAUAUUCUGCUCUGUGGUUACCCACCUUUCUAUUCCAACCAUGGUCUGGCUAUUUCCCCUGGUAUGAAGACACGGAUCCGUAUGGGACAGUAUGAGUUUCCAAAUCCUGAGUGGUCUGAAGUGUCAGAGGAAGCCAAGCAGCUCAUCGGAACAUUACUGAAAACUGAGCCGUCACAGAGGUUGAGCAUCACAGAGUUCAUGAACCACCCCUGGAUCAAUCAAUCAACGGAGGUACCACAGACCCCCCUACACACCAGCCGUGUUCUGAAAGAAGAGAAAGACACUUGGGAAGAUGUCAAGGAGGAAAUGACUAGUGCCUUGGCAACAAUGAGAGUCGACUACGAACAGAUCAAAAUCAAGAGGAUUGAAGACUCUUCUAAUCCACUGCUAAUGAAGAGGAGAAAGAAAGCCAACAAUAUUGCUCCUGAAAAUGAGACGCCUGCAUGCUAAGGACAUAUUCACUCAAUCUUUCCAUCACACACACACACAUUUAUGCACUCAUACUUCCAAAAAAAAAAAAAAAAAAAAUCAAUAUACGGAAGCAAUAACUCAACAAAAAGAAGAAUUGUAUUUAAUUUGUUUUAAAUCAGUCAGAAUUUGUAACUAAUAAAUUACUUUGCCACUAGAAGAAUGAGGUUGUACAACUAUGAUACAAGACUAUACAUUUCAAAUAUGUUAAGCAGCCAAUGUCCACUAAUUUGCUCCCUAAAUUUGCCAUAAGUGCAGUUUUUUACAUGUUGUUUAAUGGGGUAAUCAGAAUGUUUAGUUUGUUUGUUUUUUUUUUUUUUUUUUUUUUUUUCUUUAUCAAAAAGCCAUUGGUACAUGAGUUAAUGUGUUACCCACACCUUGCCACUGUUUGUUUUUAUUUAUUUUUGUAUUAUUAUUAUGUUCCAUUCUCAGUCUGGGAUGACUCGUUCAAAGAGUUGCCCUGUAAUAGAAUGGUUAUUCAGUUUCCUUUGCUCAUGCAUAAUUAUGCAUAAUGCUAGCUUUCCUUAAGUUCCUGUUCUUUUUUACAUGUCAAAUUCAUUUCUGCACUUGAAUUAUUUUUUUAGUUCCAAAAGACUAAUGCAGUUAGUACUGGUGUCUAGAUAGAGAAAAUGUAUUUUUUAAAUGACUCAUUGAAUGUAGAUGCACUCUGUUCUUUAUUGUGAAAAUGUCUCUCAGUACUGCGCAAGGUCCUGUCAAGUAAAAUACAAGAUGUUUUUGAGCUUUAGUUUCAGUUAGCCUUAUGUCGGUCAUUCAGAUACAGAGAAAAAGCACAAUGAUCGCCCUGCUUUCAAGAAAUGUUUUCACAUUGGUAUUAGAUUCUACUAUAUCAAGGAAAGCCAAUCCAGCACAUUAUUUCAGCCCUCUACUUAAACAUGCUUAACGCUAUGCUUAUUGCACACCGUUUGGGUGCACAAUGAUUUGCCUUGUAUUAAUUCUAUGCAUAAUUAUUUCCAGCUAGUUUUUCUUGGAUAUUUGGGAAGAAUGUUAACCCAUGCUCUGGCAUUUCAUUUUUAAAAUACCUUCUAAGAAUUGGCAGACAUACCAAUUUGGUUUAACCCACCACCCAUUUUUAUUCUUAUUUUUAUGUGUGUAAUGAAUCAGUAUGAAAUGGAAUCUUUGUGAAGAUGAUGACUGCUUUUGUCUGAAUACAUGUAAUGUCCACCAUUUUGGUUGGGGUCGACUGUACUCUUUAUUAUGCCAGUGCAUUUCUUCAUGUGUCUGUAAUCCAUGCCUAACACGCAGUGACUGAGUUUAAAUGCAUCUAUUGAGAGCAGCUUAGAGAAACCAGGUGUUUGAUAAACAAACAAAGAGACAAACCUUGACUUGAGGCUUCAACUUUUGCUAAUGUUAGGGGAUACAGGGAAUCCUACAUCCAGCAAAUUUGUUUUAGCUGCACUGAUGACCUAUGCUGAACGGUUUUUUCAUUUUAUUUUUUUCUGUAUAGUUUUUUAUCUGUACAUUCAUAUUUGUCAUGUUCUUGAUUCUCUCUUUAAGUACAUGAUUAAAUGCCCAAAGUGUUAAACUUUGAGUUUCAGUGGUGUGGUGUGCAGUCAGAGUACUCCCACACAGCAGAUAACACACAAACGUUUUCUGUGCCCUUGCAAAAAAUAAUGCAUCUUUUAGAUCCUCUGGAAACUUAAAGAUUUCUUUCUUUUUGCAAUUUUCUUUGAUAAUACCACUUUGUAGGAGUUUUGUUCCUCCAUGCCAUCAUUUCUCAAGCAAAGACUACAUUAUCUGAUUUAGUCUGUUGAAAAGCAGACUAAAACUCCCACAGAAAUUGAUACUUGCAAGGAGAGUCAGAAAUGUGUCCAUUUUUAGUUUUUAACUUCUGUACUUAUGUCUUGGUCUGCUUCAACUUUGGAUUAAAACCUAAAAACGUAAUCUCUGUUUCACUGUAAUGUGUAGAUUUAGACUGUCAGGGUCAUUUCAUACAGAGCCAAUUUUAAAAAACUUUCAACACUGCCAUAAUACUUUCAGUGCUUCACUGGCACUGCUUUAGCUGCUUUCCUCUGGUUCACAUCUUUUCUUAAGCUCAACUCAAUUUUUAUGCCCUCUUGUUUUUGUUAUUUACAUCCUCCCUUGGACAAAUAAUGUGAAAACAACAUAAUCAUUCGGGAAGUCAGCAUGUUGUUUCUGAGAGUUCAUUACCUUAGGAUCGGCCACAUUAUUUCCACUCACUGACAAGCGCCAUCUAUAAAUUUUUGCAUCAAUUCCAUUGUGUUUACCCUUCCUUGCAGUGUGACCAGAAGUGUGUUGCGUCAGCAGCGUGGGAGAUCCAGGAUCGGAUCCCACUUUGAAACUAGGAAGUUAUCGUGUUCGCAUCAUUAGUGAUGAUCACUGUUAUAUUACGUUUUCCGUAAUAUAACAGUUUUACUCCAGUGAUGGUUAGGUUUUGGUUUGGAGGUAAAUUUUUAUAAAAUAUGCUGUAUUCCAGCCUGUACAGCUGAAGACAACUCACUUUUGCUGCCUCUCUGUGGACAUUACACCCAGAAAAAGGAACUUGCAUGUGCCCACACACACAACAACAUUUACCCCUUUGGCCAUGGGGGCAGUGUUUUGAAUUUCGAUAAGCACAGACCGAUUUUAGCUAAAGAAAAUUCAACCUACUGUGUCUGAUUUCUCUCAGAUUUAUGUUACCACUUAAAAUUACUGCUCCUCCAUUUUGCUGAUAGUCCUCGCAGUAAAAAAAAAAAUGCAUCACAUCACUGCCAUGAUCCAUCAGCUGCAUCAGGUACUCGUCAUUUACCAUAUUUUAACACUAAAAUCAAAUAUAUCAUUACCUUUUAAAGCUUUAAUCUACUCAUUAUGAUAGUAAAUUAUUAGUGUAAGUGGGAUUGUUAAAGGUAGAGUUUAUGAAAAAAAAAACUGCACAAUUUAGCGCAUUAAUUUCAGGCAUUAUGUGUGCGUUGUCAAAUCUUUCUUUUUUCAUUUGUCAUGAGAAGCGGAUCAUUGAGAAGAGAAAACCAUGAUAAGAACCAGCUUGUGUAAUGAAAGCUUGAUAGAAUUUAGGGAGUAAUGGGUGGUGAUUAAACCAUGACACAUUUUCAAUGUUAAUGGAAAAGGAAAGAAUAUUGUUUAUUUAAAAUGAUACUGGUUUGCAUUUGCCCAUCCUUGGGGUUGGCAAAGCUCAUUAUUCGAGGGGUAGGCCCGUUUUUCUGUGGAGCUGGGCCUGACUACAUGUUGAUAUUUAUUUAAUUAUCAGCAAUAAGAUGUAAUUACAAGAUACUCUAUGAAAUAAUUACACAUUAAUACUUGCUAUAUAAUUGCUAUAAUUUAUGCCUUAUAUUAGCCUUUGUUGUUCAUACAUGAUAUGUGAUAUAAGCUAAAGCACAGCCAACAGAGAAUAGUUUUAACCCUGUUUACAUGGCAAUGGUGACAUAAAGCAGCAAAACUGUUUCACUUGGCAAGCUUUAAAACUGAUGU